CUACAGUGCCGAGGAACCUGCUCCUCGGUCCAGCGAGGUCCUGCUUUCACUGGCUGUCUUCUCUCCCCGGUGUCGGCUCCUAUACCGAGUGUCCACUGUGCAUGCGCAAGAAGUGCUGCGCUUUGUCUGCAAUCUCUGGUCAUCUCCUGUAGUAUGUCCACAGUCUCUGGUCAUCUCCUGUACUAUGUCUGCAGUCUCUGGUCAUCUCCUGUAGUAUGUCCGCAGACACUGGUCAUCUCCUGUACUAUGUCCUCAGUCUCUGGUCAUCUCCUCUAGUAUGGCCGCAGUCUCUGGUCAUCUCCUGUAGUAUGUCCGCAGUCUCUGGUCAUCUCCUUUAGUAUGCCCGCAGUCUCUGGUCAUCUCCUGUACUAUGUCUGCAGUCUCUGGUCAUUUAGUGUACUAUGUCUGCAGUCCAUUGGGUCA